GGUCAAUUUUCACGUCGCAGGCUAUAGGAUCCCCACUAUCAAUUAAUAUAUUCACUAAUUACUUUAGUUCAUUGCUUAUCAUUUGAUACUUAUAAUUAAAAACGAAAGUUAUAUAAAAAAAUACGAUAGGGAAAUUCUUUUCUUCUAUUUUAUUGAAGCAUAUAAGUUGGAGCAUAGAUCAUAUGUAGCUUGUAAGCCACUAGUUACUUAACUAUUUUAUUAAUUUCCUCUUCUUAUUUAUGUUCAAAGUAUAUGAUUCUGACACAUAUUAAUUGUAUUAUAACUAUUGGAUAAACGUAUAAUAGUGAAAAGUCAUUUGAAUGAUUAUACCGAUCAAAGUCUAAGUAAUAGUUGUUAUAACAUAGAAUCGUGACAUUUUAAACAUAUUUAAAAUGUUGCGUACAGCUGCAAGUCAAAAUCUACGAAAUUUCAGUGUCAAUACACAGAUAAAAUGCAGACGUUUGGAAGGCAAAGUUGCAAUCGUUACUGCAUCUACGGAAGGGAUAGGAUAUUCUAUAGCAAGACGUUUAGCUCAGGAAGGUGCGAAAGUUAUGAUCAGUAGUAGAAAAGAAUCUAACGUAAACAAAGCUGUAAAUGAACUACUCCAAGAAGGUUUAUCCGUCUCUGGUACCGUUUGUCACGUUGGAAAAGCCGAACAGAGACAAAAAUUAUUCAAAGAAACAAAAUCCUUGUUCGGAGGUCUAGAUAUUUUGGUUUCUAAUGCAGCAGCAAAUCCACAAGCUGGGCCAGUUCUAGACAGCGACGAGAAUGUCUGGGAUAAAAUAUUUGAUGUUAAUGUUAAAUCCACAUAUUUACUUAUGAAAGAAUCUUUACCUCUUUUAAAGGAUAGUAAAUCACCAUCGAUAAUUAUUGUAUCGUCGAUAGCUGGAUAUCAACCAUUCGAUUUGCUUGGAGUUUAUUCGGUAAGUAAAACGGCAUUAUUAGGGCUUUGUAAAGCUUCAGCAAGUAAUUUAGCUCCAUAUGGAAUUCGAGUGAAUUGUAUAGCACCUGGUAUUAUCGAAACCAAAUUUUCACAGCCGUUGUACCAAUCUGAAACAGCACGUAAAAUAUCUUUGGAUAUGAUUCCACUUGCAAGACUUGGAAAGCCAGAUGAAAUUAGUGGCAUUGCUGCCUUUUUAGCAAGUGAAGAUGCAUCAUAUAUUACUGGGGAAACAAUUGUAGCUGGCGGUGGUAUGCAAUCAAGGCUUUGAAGAAUAAGCAUGAUGCGAAUAAAUUUUUUCAUCUAUUAAUUAAAAUAAUUAAAUAUAAGAAUUUAUCCAAAAUAUUUGUUAAAGUUAUUU